UAUACCAGAGACGAAGAAGUGAACAUUGACCAUGAACAAUUUCCACGUUAGCGGUUUUAUUGUUGUUAUUUAUACGUUUAUUAACAUAAUGGAACUCAAAAUAUAACGAAUUUAACUGCACAGCAUCACAUACGUACCCCAUGUAGUGUUUAAUUUGCGUUGAAGACGACUUGGUUGAUAGAUGUUAUCUAUGUAACGUUAGCUAACAAUGGCUAACUGUAUGGUUUUUCACACUCAAAUAGCCUCCAUCAUGGAGGUGCUGGCGAAUGCAGCCGUGGCAGAGGUCUGUAAACUCGUAGAUGACGACUAUGCAGUGUUUCGUUUGGAAAUAACUCAAAGCCAGAAAGAAAACAGGGCAUUACGGAGGAAACUACAGCUACUGGAACUGAAGGUGGCACGGGAGCGUGUCGUUGCCAGUCCCAGUAGUGUCAAGAUCCUUGACCGACACAGAAGAAUGGCAAGAGGUGAAAUACAUCUCACUGGAGGCCACAAGAGCUUUGUGAAUCCAGCGGGACACAAUACAUGCAGAGAUGACCAACUAAUCAAUGUUGAUGAGGGGAGUGGAAUCUCACCACAGAACAUUAUCGUGAUAGAGUCUACAGAGGCUGCAGGUCCUGGGGUCAAGCAGGAGAGGUCUGAAGGAAAGCAGGACCCACGGCAUAGCAGAGACAUCCAGAAUGGAACGGCUGGAGAGCCCCCUGUAGCCACGAAGGACCCCACCACUGCGCAGCCCAGGACCAGACACAGCAUCACGGAGGAAGAGGAGGAGGGUCCAGAGGUGCUGCUGGUGAAGGAGGAGGGGUGUGAGGAGGGUCUGGGGAACCCUGAGGGGACCAUGGACAUAGAGGACAACCAGACUACACCUCCUGAACCCACAGAGGAUCCAGCUGAGCACCACAGGAUCACACACAGUCUCACUGAG